CACAGCUGUUGUUCUAUAUUUUGACGUUUACUUAUUUGUUUUGAUUUUUUUUUAUUUGUAUGAACAUGAUUAAUUUAUUAUGCUUUCUUAAUAAAUGUCUCUCCUGAGACCGCAAUGCAUAAGUUUCAGUUGGUUUUUAAUUAAUUAUUUGCGACACGCUUCUACACAGCUAUUUCCCCGGCGACCCGGUUAAUGGGUAGCAAUUAGAACUAAUUUUGAGGGGGACAUGAUAACUAAAGUAGGCCAGUUACGUCGCUUCCCAGUUUAAUUCGAACAAUGGAUUCUAAUAGUAGGAGCGAAGAAUUAAAGAGAAAAGACUCGGAGCUUACUCAGCAAUGGCUCCAGACACUAAGCCAGAUGCAGAAUCAGCAUAUGAACACUGCUCAAAACAGAAUUUCAGUUCCUAACGCUUAUGCUCUUCAGCAGCCAAUGUCCCAUAGACAACGCUACUUUUUAAGUCCUACAACAGAAGAAUCGAUCAAAAUUGUUGGCGUUGAUCGGGAGCAAUUAUCGUGCCAAUCGGAUGACAGCCAGUGUAGCAGUGUGGAAUCAGUUCUAGAACUGAGACGACCUGAUCCAGAAGAAGUCUUAUCUAGUCUCGGUUUUGGACCUCCAAUCAAUUCAAUUAACGAACGACGAAGAAUUCCUGCUCGAUUCUGUCAACCUUCUAAGUUACUGCCUCAUAUAGAUGUGAACAAGUUCCUGGAAAAGUAUUAUGGGGAGAGCUACACUAAUUACUCAAUGUCUCUCCCAGCUUCGCCUAUUAAACAUAAAGUAAAAUCUCCAGAAAAAAAUUGAGAUUACUUUAUCUUAAAUCUGAACUUGUGUUUCUAAUUCACAUAAGAUUCUUUUUAUAUCAUAGGAGCAAACUUUUAGGCAAUAUUCUGUAAUAAUUUUUUUGCUCAAUUGUAUGUUAUUGGUGCUAAUAAUUGUAGUUUUAUGUCUUGCCAUUCUUUCUUGAAUGUAGACCAACUAUUCUUCUCUAGUACCUGUCAUAUCGAAUUUAAAUUUUCUAUUUUUAUCUGUGUGAAUCAUAAGAUCAAUAUAUAUAAUUAUAUUUUUGUGUAAUUAAGGCUGAUUAUUACAUAAUUAUGUAGAACGUUAAGAUGUUUCCUCAACCUACGUUUAUUAUAGUUCCCUAUACACUUAUAGAAUUAUUUGGGAAUAAAAUAUAGUUAAUUACAAUAGUAUAGAUUUGGGCAGCUUUUGUGUUAUUUUAUAUAGGAGACUCGUUAUAUAUUAAUAUAUAUUUAAUAAGAUGUUAAUUAUUGCCAUUUUUCCCACGUUAUAUUUGCUUAUAAUAUAAGAUUUUAUUCUUUUGUUUAGCAUGAAAAUCAUGACCUUUUUACA